CCUCGUCAUCCACCUUUCGUGACAACACCCCCUUCAACGGUCCUUACAUCUCCGCCAUGUUCGCGCUAAAGUUUAUCCUUAUUACUUCUUUCAUCGCUUCCACAGCCCUCGCUCACUUCACCCUUGACUUCCCUGAAUCCCGUGGGUUCGUCUCUGACAUCGAAGGUCAAUUUUGUGGCGGUUUCAGUACUGUUGGACCUCGGCAGCCAUUCCCGCUCGGUUCUGGCCCUGUCCAUAUUAACUCUCAUCAUUCUCUCGCUACUGUUGUUGCCUUCAUCUCCACCAGCUCCAACCCUACAAGCUUUGACGACUUCAACACUACCAGCAAUGGCACCAUCAUCCCCCUUGCCAGUAAUAUCUUCCAAGUAACACAGGGUGAAAAGUGUUUUAACAUCGAUCUCGAAAGUCUCAACGUAGGUCUCACUAACGGCUCGGAAGUCACUUUGCAAAUUCAAUACGACGGAGGGGAUGGCGACCUCUACCAAUGCUCCGACCUCGUUCUUAUUCAGGGCUACGAGGUUCCAUCCAAUGAAACUUGUACCGAUGACGCCUCCAGAACUUCCAAUGCUAGCUCCACAUCAAGCGGUAGUGCUACUGCAACCAGCGCGGCUGCCACUAGUUCUUCCAGUGGUACUAGUGGGGCUAUUAAGGAAGUUGUUGGAUUGGGCGCUCUUAGUUUGGCUUUGGGCAUUGCUGGUCUUAUCAUUUUGUAAGGGGUUAAUCGGAGUGCAACACGGUCGUUUGCCAGAUUUAGUGAAGAGAACAACAGUCUACAAAGAGAAAGAAUGCUGCAUACAAAACUGAAAGCCAUUAUGCUUAAACUAUGAAUAUGUAUAUUUUUAAUUAUUAAUUUUGCUGACUCAUCGUGCAGUUUAGAGGUAAUUCAAAGAAACUGUAAACGUGCAAUCGCUCAAUGGGACCACUGACGACGAUCAUCGGGCGACGACACCUUCUACCGCCAACCACUAAUCUAAUCUGCCCGAAAUAUACCUCACUCAUUCAUUCAUGCACACAACGUGCUGCCUCGCUUUUACCUACCAAAUGCCAGCUGUGGAAUCAUAUAUAUUAUAUAUAUACAAGUGAUGACCCACGAAAGACUUCGCGGUUUUUCGGGUAAAUAAUUCAAUUGCACCAAGUUAAUUUUGGGAAUUCCGUUCAGUUUUUGGGUGGUUUUGUUAAUGAGAAUGGACGUGUUCGUUCAUCCAAAUGUGUGACCCAUGUUCCUCCCUUUUCUGAGGGGCUCAGUGCCGUGACAUGGAGACCAUCGAUCUUUCUUAAAACUGGGCCCUACAAUUCAACCCAUUGGCCAUCGUGAAAGGGAAAAGACAAAAGACUUGUACUUUUUCAACGGAGACACGAAGUGGUGUAUUGAAAAUGUUCAGAUCAUGAUCAUGUCGCUGGCCCUAUCGUUCUACAUCGUCAUCCCAAACCAGUUACUGUAAAGUAUUCCCAUCGGCAUUGGAAUGGGGGACAAAACCUAGCACUCAAAGGGGUAUGAGGUUACCUCUAGUAGUUCUCAUUAGGUUGGGUUGUUUGUUGGACAGUACAUGUGAUUUAUAUGUUGGUGUUAUGACGAACAAUGGAUCAGAAUGUCACUUUGUGUAGUUUGAAGGAGUGCGCAAUUUAAGAGAGGGGGUUUCGGUAGUUUACCUGUUGAGAUAGA